AUGGGAAGGUUCUAUAAUGUUGCAUUCACCCUCAUCAUUGCAUCAUUCCUCUGCUCUCCAAGAGCUGGAACUUGUCAUGGUGAUAAAGGGUUAGGCAAGCAAAAACAAGCUGUUGGUCGCGGCGGCCACGGCCGAAGUCUAAGAAUGUCAAACUUCAUGGGGGAUGAUGGCCAUAUGUGGGAGGGUGGAGAUAUGGAUGCACAACCAAAAGGAGGAAAGAAGAAGGGCAAUGUCUUCAGUGUAUUGGACUAUGGUGCUAAAGGCAAUGGUCAUUCUGAUGACACAAAGGCAUUCGAGUCGGCAUGGGCAGAGGCUUGUCAAGUUGAAGGAUCAACCAUUGAGGUUCCAUCGGGCUAUGUUUUCCUUCUUCAACCCAUCUCCUUUUCUGGUCCAGACUGCGCAUCCAACCUCAUAUUUCAGCUGGACGGUGAAAUCAAAGCAAUAGUCAGUUCAGAAUUAUGGAGUAGCACAAGGCUUUUACAGUGGAUAGAGUUCACAAAACUCCAGGGGAUCACAAUCACAGGAACAGGUAUCAUUGAAGGACAAGGUUCGGCUUGGUGGUACGACUCACCAGAAUAUAAUCCAGGAGCAGAGCUAGCUAGUGAGCUACACAGCAGCACCAAACCAACAGCAGUCAGGUUUUAUGGGAGCACUGGCGUCACAGUUUCUGGCAUAACCAUUCAAAACAGCCCUCAAACCCACCUCAAGUUUGAUGACUGCACAAAUGUUGAGGUCUCUGGGUUUACAGCAUCGUCUCCGGGUAACAGCCCGAAUACUGAUGGCAUACACUUGCAGAACUCCAGAAAUGUCAACAUCUACAGCACUGAUCUUCAGUGCGGGGAUGAUUGUAUCUCGAUACAAACAGGAUGCUCUAACGUAAAUAUACACAAUGUGAGGUGUGGACCUGGGCAUGGAAUCAGCAUAGGAGGGCUGGGAAAAGACGGCAGCAAAGCCUGUGUUUCAAACAUCACUGUGAGAGAUGUGGAGAUUCAGAAUACACUAACCGGAGUGAGAAUAAAGACAUGGCAGGGAGGCUCAGGCUCGGUCCAGGGAAUCAUGUUCUCCAACAUUCAAGUUUCUGGAGUUGAAACCCCCAUAGUCAUCGACCAAUUCUACUGUGACAAAGAGCACUGCAGAAAUGACUCGUCGGCAGUCUCUGUAUCUGCAAUAAACUAUGUGAACAUAAAAGGCACGUACACAGUAAAACCUGUGCACUUUGCCUGUAGUGACAGCAUGCCUUGCAGUGGGGUAUCCCUGAGUAAUAUAGAGCUCACUUCAAGGAAAGAAACUGAACAGCCUUACUGCUUGAAUGCAUAUGGGGAACUUGAAACAAUCACUGUUCCUCCAGUUACAUGCCUGAGAAAAGGCAAAGUGAAACCUCCGGUUUACGGUUGCUUGGCUUAG